GCGUGUCUUGCUAGGCGAGGGUGAUUUUAAUAUCAACAAGGUGCGGAAUCCUGUUGAAAGGAGAUUUGUAAAGAAUGGAUGUAUUGUGUUAUAAAUCGAGCCACCUCUGUAGUCAGUCUUGCUCUGGGCACCAGGAGUGAUGAAACACAACCCAGCUACCUCAGGCUUGUCACACUGGCAGUUCUUCAGUCCUCCAAUACUUUUCCAUGACAUGAGGAUUCUGGGAAGAAAAUUGCCACAGAACAUUUGUGACCUGUGGCAAUGGAUGCAAGAAGAUCAAGAAAUUUUCGGAAAUACAGCCUGCAACAGGCUGUCAAAAAUGCAGAGACCUUCAUUGAUAUCGACUUUGAGCGAAGAUCACUCAAUAAAUAUUCAGUUAUGACUGGAGGCAGCUGCAAGGAUGAAAAAGUGAAGAAACUAUUCUUAAAAUCAGGGCAAGCUCGCAGUGUUACUAGCACCUCUGUACAAAGAGAUAAAGAAGGAGACCAACAAGGAUUUUGGAAUCUGCAGAGGUCUGUACGAAAAAGCAAAACACAUGACUGCGUUCUAUCUAUGGCACAAGAUACAGAAUAUAGUCAAUUGGAUAAAUCCCAAGAUAAUAAGAUAAUAACAUGUCUUGAUAAAAAUAAAGAUAGAAUUAUUAACAGCAUAAAUUUCUCUGAAAUGGCAAUGAACUCUGAGCCUUUUGUUUUGAAUAGGCUGCGAGAAAGAAGGGUCUCAUCCCAAUCUAACCAUUCAAGACUUGAGCUUCCAAGUCCUUCCACUCAAUCAUUACCAUCAAUUGCAAAUUGUAUUACAAAUAGGCGGCUUUCACUGAGAAAACCCAAAAGGGGCUUAAGGGGUUUAUUUACCAUGAGGAGAAAUAGGCAGGAGAAAGUACCCUCCAUAGGAACCAAGGUCCAUAAACCAGACUCUAAAUUAUUUGGUGGUAGAAUGACAUUAAGACCUCAUAAAGGGAUGUACAAAAGUUCAAAGAUUUUAACUCAUGCUGGUGAUUCUUUAGCACAGUACUUUACUGAUAGUGACCCACCCUCAGAUUCAUCUCAUGAAUGUAGCAGCACACUCUGUGAAGAUGUUGCUUCUUUAAAGAGCUUCGAUUCCCUCACUGGCUGUGGUGAGAUCUUUGCUGAUGAAGAAAAUGCUGACCAACUGGAGACUGGUCACAGCUAUAAACGUGCAACCGAAAGGUGUGAAGAUAAACAGACACCCUCCAAUGGAUCUUUCCAAGGUGGAGGGGAACAGCUUGCAUCACCAGGACAGACAGAUGGCCUAGAACUAAAUGGGUUUUGGAAAAAUAUGGAAAACUCUGACGCAGCACCUCAAAACAUUCAGGAGCCAACCACAAAUAAAGGAGGUGCAGACUCUACAGCACUUAAGACUGGGGAUGAACAGUUAACACUUUCACCUUUAGAAUUUCAAAAAAUCACAGAGAAAGAAGAGGUUGAGGAGUCUGAGAAGAACUUAGAUGCCUCUGUGGAUCUGGGAACACCACAGAGUGACCAUCAGGAAUCAACAUCAACCAGUGAUGAGGGAUACUAUGAUUCAUUUUCUCCAGGGCAAGAAGAGGAUGAGAACAAAAGUGCACAAAGCCCAUGUGUGAACCGACAAUUUCCCAGAGACAGUUACAGUGGGGAUGCCCUCUAUGAACUAUUUUCUGACCCUGAAGAACCCAGCAUAAGUCCUAUCUUAGAUGAAGAUGUGUCCACAUUACAACAUGCUCUGGCUCAACCCCAAACUCCUUUGUCCAUGUACAGUUUUUAUGUGGGAGCUGAAGAAAACAUGGCUCCAUCUCCUACUGUGGAUGUCAACAGCCAUGAAUUCUUCCAGGGCAGUUGGAAAGGUAAAGAAUGCUUGCUGAAGCUUUGUGAUACUGAACUUUCAUUGGCAAUGGGCCUUGUAAACUGGCUUAGGCAAAAGACAGAAACAAAUGUUUUUGGCAUCAAUGUUCAAAAUAAGAUUGAAAGUCAUGGGCUAUCAAGGACUGACAGAACCAGUUCAGCAAACAUGUCAGUUGGUCAUUCAGUUUCCUGCACUGAUACAGAGAGAGCAAUGGAAGGAAAUAGCACCAGCGAUCUGAGCAAGAUCUCAGCAAUGAGACAGAAUGGAACAAGCGAACCCAAAAUAAAUCUUGAUGAUCAAACAGGUAUUUGUCCAUUUGUUAAAUCAACUAAUGACGAUGUUUCCUCAGCAACAAAUUUGAUGUCACAGUAUGGUGAUCCUAUGCUCUUACAGAGUAAUCGUAACACUGCAGGUAAAGUUGCUCCAGUUACUUUGCUAAAAAAGCAGGCAUUAUUGACAACACAACCACACAGGGAGCUAAACAGCAUGACAGUUUCAACAGGAGAGACUAAAAUAGCAUCAAAAUCGCUGAUAGUAGUGGAAGUGAAUAAAAACAGUCUUUGCCCAAGCUGUAGGAAAUCAGUGGAUUCCAAUCUUGCUGAGGUAAUUCUGUGUUCUUCCUGUUUUGCUUUGGUCAGCACCCAUAACACCUCUGAACAUUUGGGCAAAUGGAGUAAAAAAGAUUGUCAGUUAGGACCAAAGAAAGAUUAUCAGAGUAAUUUCAACAAUUCAAGGCCACUAGAAGCAGAUGUUUAUGUGUCUCAGCUGCUGGAAGAUUGUGUAAAUCAUAUGGCAUCCUUGAAGAUGAACAGCCGAGAUGCUGGUCAGUUCUGUAAUGAGGCUGCCAUGGAAGACUGUCCAUUGCUUCUUGCAUUGCAAGUUGGUCAACAGAAUGAACAAGACAAAAAUGUUAGAUUCACAGGUACUAAAUUUACUGACCGAAGAGGUAAGGAAACAAAUGAUGUUCGAAGUAAUUCUGCACAGGAUAUCAAUAAGAAGAUAAAAGAAGAAAUUUCUAUUCUAAACUCUGAUCUUAUUGGAAUGGAAUCAUCUUGUAAAAUUAGGAACAUAUUACCCUCUAUCACAGGUAGUCAAUCUUGGUCUAUGAAUGGUGAACCUAAAGAGAAACCAGUGUCAAGUAAAACAAGGCAAUGCAAUAAUGCUGCAGUUUCAGAAAAAGAAAGCACAUGGACCCUAUGUCUGGAUGAAUGCAAUCACUCUGAUGAACUGCAACAUGAAAUCAUCCCUUGUGGAACAACUGCACUUACGUGUCCCAAAAGGAAUCAUUGUAAUACCAGUCUAAGUGAAAAUGCAUAUGCACCUUCUCAACAUUCCUAUCUGCCUCUCUCCAAGUCUGUCUGCUCAGGUCUGCAAAACUAUGGCCAUCAAGUAGAAAACUCCAAAAGUUGUAAGAAGUCCCUUUCACAUCAAGGAGAUCUUUGCUUUGCCUCAUUUUCCAGCUCACCUUCCCUUCCUUCACCUUCUGGAAAGAAGCUACUCGUAUUGCAGACUAAAUGCGGAUUCAUACCAGUUAAAGAGAACUGUAAUCACAAGGAAGAGGAGAAAAGCCCUGAGAAAGGAAAAAUAUCAAUGAGCGUCCGAGCUCCGCACAGUACCAAUAUGAGAAGUGAAGGGACCAGCACUCAUCACUGACCUCCAAAAGGCAAAGACAGCAAGUGAUUGUACUGUGCUGUGUGAAAAAAGUAAUAACUACUUUUCUCCUAUUUCAGGAUCAGUCCCAAUCUUUGGCCUCUCAGCUGAAAAUAGUUGGGAUCCCUCCUCACGUUCCAGGCAAGCUACUGCACGAAAGCCGCAUAUCUGGAAUGAUUACCAUAGCAUCUGGCUUUGACUGAGAAUAACAACAGCUAUUAUUAAAUGCAUAAGUCGACUGGAAGGACCUCACUUCAACUCCCAGCAAUUUAUACAAAGAGAAAAAGAGAGAUUCCUUUUUUAUUCUGCACUGCAGUUAUGCUAGAAAUCAUUGGUCAAAAAUUGAGGUUGCAUUUUAGAUGGAGUUGUUCAAAUCUUCUGGAAAUCUUCUAACUGGGGUUAAUUAUGGUGUGCAUUCACAAUGCAAUCAGACGAACCAGUUUCCCAGUGAAUGGGAUAUAACAACCGAACACUUAUUCUAUUCCGUUCAUUGGUUGUAUUCGCACAGUGGUGGUUAUACUCGAAAGUACAGAAUUUGAUAUGAAAUGUUUUACAUGUCUGUCAUUCAUUUCAUUUGUCCUGUCAGUGAUUUGCUGGUUGUCAUAAGUGCUCAACUAAGAUCUAACAUGUUCUCUUUGCAUGAAACAAAUGUGUACCUAAACAUGUUCAUUCAUCCCUAAAACAGGAUGGAGGCCAUCCAUAAUACUGACCAAUUACUUCACACACUCCUUAAAUGGGAUCCUUUCCACUGAGUUUAUGGGUUUCCGUGAACUGUUGAAAUCUUGGCUCCUUUUUUACUGGCAUUAAAGUUGGAUCAUCAGUGUUUUCUGGAACUACAGAUGACAGAACAAUUAUGCAUGGUGUGCAUGUCAUAUUGGCAUUCAGUGUUCAUGAUCCAAUCCAGCCAGUUGAGUUUCCCCUGUCACACAAUUAGAUCAUGGUUGAUCUAUACCUCAACUCCCAGUGUACCUCUUGAUAAUUUUAAUUCUCAAAAACAUCUAACUUGAACAUUUCAUUGGCACAACAUCCAGAAUCCUUUGGGGAAUGUGAGUUCCACAUUUUCAUGUCUGAGUGAAAAAAACUCCCCGAUUUCAUUCCUGAAUUUUUGUUACUCAUAACAAAUUCUGCAAUUCCAUGAAAAGCUAUGUUUCCUCGUGCAAUGUUUUCUCUCAAUAGUAGUCAGAAGCUUACAAGUUCACUCAUGAACCUUCACAGGUUCAAUAAAUGAAAACAAAAUAAGAAAGCCCUGAUGACCACCACUGAAAGAAAACCAAAAGCCAACAUUCCGAUAGACCUUUUCAAGGCCACCAGACAUCUCAAAGCUAUUUAUAACCAAUGAAGUAUUUUUGAUGUUUAGUCACUGUUGUAAAACAGGACACAUGGAGUCAAUGGAUACACAACAAACUAGCGCACACUUCAAAGUGCUAAUGGUGCAGAUAUAAUUGGCCCAAUGGCUUCCUUCUGCAGUGCAACAUGAGAGUUUGUGAGAUGAUCUGAUUCAGUGAUGUAACUGAGGGGUAAUGAUUCUAAGACAUCAGGGAUAACUGCUGUUAACUGUAUAUCAAUACUGUUUCCUGUGUUGUCUCCCUAAAUUGGAAAACUUCAGCUUUAUUUAACCUCAUCAAUGAGGUGUGGGAAUAGGGCUCCUGAGCCAUAGCCCAUCUGCUCCAACCAUUUUUUUCCCCUUUUCUCUCUGUACCUUUACUUGCCUCUUGUCUGAGCUCACAAAGCAUUGGUGACGGCGGGAACCCAGCGUGCAGACCUCGGCUGUGGAGAAGACUGGGUCCUUACUUUUCUGGGGUGAGCAAAUGCCCUGACAUCGGAGUAGGCAACUGUUCCAUCGGUGGUGGUGGCUUUGGUGAGGUAGGCGAAGCGGUGAAAGAUGUUGCCUGAGGACUGGUGACUUCAGCGUUGGUGGGGUCUGGUGUGGAUGGUGGCCAAGUGAAGUGGUGGGAGGAGGAGGAAUGGCAGUGCAGGUCUUGUUGAUGGUGAUGAGCUGGCUCAGGACUGAUGGACUCUCUUUAAGCUAUAUCUUUCAUUUUUAUCCUUAUUAUUCAAAACGGCGCCAAAUCGUGAUGACAAAUGAUAGCUUUCCACCAUUUAUAGUAUUCUUACUGUAAAAUAUACCUGGCAGUAAUCCAUUCAUUCAAUUUCUUCCUUUCUCAUCAUCAUAAGGUCCAACAGAAAUGCAUCCCUUCCUUUCCUUAUUUAUCUGUAUUCAUUUCUGGGUAUAGAUUUCAAUAUUUAUUUUCUUCCACGAGUACUUUAGUGACACCCUCUCAAAUGCUGCAUCCAGUAAGGAUCCCAUUCCUUUCUUCCCGUUCCUCCAUUUCCUUCUCAUCUAUUCGGAUGAUGCAACAUUUCAUAUCAGCAUUAACAUAAAAGGAAAAUAUUGUAGGUGCCCAAGGUCUGAAAUAAAAGGAGAAAUCAUUGGAAAACAUAGGAGCUCAGGCAGCAUCUGGGGCAAGAGAGAAUUAAUGUUUUGAACUGAAUAACUCAGUGCUGUGUUUGAAGUUGCAAAGAAGCAUUAGCUCAAAAUGUUAAUUCUGUAUCUCCCUCCAUAGAUGCUGCCAGACCUGCUGAGUUUUUCCAGUAAUUUCUGUUUUUGCUUUUGUACCAGAACCUCAGACAUGUCCUCUCUUUUCGGCUGCUGAGAACGCCCCACUUCCAUGAUUAACAGUGGGCCUUGACUAUCUUUGACCUAGUUCCUGCACUUCCAUCGUCAACCGUCCCCCUUCCCUCUCACAAUUGAGCUAAUGUUCCCCUUGCCGUCACCUUCCAUUCCAACAACAUCUAUAUUCAACAGAUUAUUUUAUGUCACUUCCAGCACAAUGUCAGUAUUAAACACAUCUUCCCACCCCUUUGUCAGCAUUUUGAAGGAGCCAUUCGUUCCACAUCACUCUGGUCCACUCCUCUGUCUCUCCUAACAACUUGUUGCUUUCCCACAGUAUCUUUCCAUGAAAUGAAAGUAGGUGUAACAUUUAUCCUUUUACCUCCCCUAUUCCACCCCCCCACCAUCCCCAAGCCUCAAGUAUUCCUUCCACCCUAAAGCAAUGAUUUACAUGUAUAUCUUUACUGUUCACAAUGUUGUCUGCUCUACAAUGGGAAGACCAAAUACACAAGUCAGUUUUUGCUUUGCAGAGGAGCAGUGUGUCAGCUAAGCUUCCAGUGAUGUGUCGUUUUACUUCUGCGCCUUGCUCUCAUGUUAAUGUCUCCAUCUCAUCCUCAUGCUCCCAGUUAGCAUUGAGCAAACACAGUGGCCAGGAUGUCAAUGCUUGCCCCCAAAUGAUUCAUGGGAAAGAUUUUCAUUACUGAUUGGUCAUUCUUUCAAUGUCCUGAUUGUUCAUAAAGUUCAGCCAUGGGAAAUACAGGGCUACUGGG